CAGUCCCUGCACCGCCCCCCGCCCCGCCCCACUCCUCAGCCGUUCCCCUUGUCCGGAGACAGCCCAUCUCCAUCGGUUGUGUUGUCAGUGACAUUGUCAUGCGAGGACACAAGAGCCCUUGAAAAUGACGCACCCUUGUGUCUUCUUCACAAUUUUUUACGUUGUGCUGACGUUGUGCGUUAUAUUUCCGACGCCCGAGUUCAAGUCUGCUGGGUUGACAGUAGAAACAAUUUUCAGCAAAUGGCUUGGCAACGAGCACGAACUGUUCAUUCAGUACCAGAUCAGGCGUACUACCAUGAAUAUGUUUCUGCACUCCAUGGUUCCAUUUGGUUACGUAUUAGGCCUGGAGUACGUGCGAGCCUAUAGCUAUGCAGACAACGAGUAUCAAUUUCUGGCCACAUGGAGCUUGUCAUGGAUUAUCUAUGUUGUUUUCGCCACCCUGAUUCCUCUGUCUGUUUGUGCUCAAUUUUAUUUGUGGUUUCAUGACGGUUUGAAGGACCAUCCCAUUGCACAAAAGGUGGCUGUUUACAGAAACAGAAACCUAGGUGGUUCCUGGUUAACUGUUGCUUCCGAUAUCAAUCUUGAAUAUAGGAGAGUUGACAAAAUCAUAAUUCAGUCCAGCUCUGUAGUGCGGGUGGUUGCAACAGAUAAUUGGGUGAUUAAAAUAUCACCAUACACAUUAGAUAUCGCUCAUCAAUCAGACUCUGCUCUCAUCCUCUCAAGUGCUGAUGUUCAUCAGUGGUCACCUCACAUUAAUGACAACGUCCAAUUUGUCAAUAUUGAAGUAAAACCUACCAGGCAACAUGCGACACCCUUCAAAAUAAGACUAAAUGCACUGGAUCUUAAGGAUCUUCAGAACAAAAUAUCCCGUCCUAUCACAAUUCUAGAAAAUGUGAGAGUCCGAAGGUCCCUCAUAGAUCGAUUCCUAGAGACAUUUAUUGAUGAGGUUACUAGAAACCCCGUCUAUUCAACUAAUGAGGAGCUAGACUCAUGUAUAGGUUGCAUGCAAGUACCUGCCAAUGUCAAACUGCGGAAGCUCUGUAUGGAUGACCCUGGCCAUCGGGAAAAUUGUACAAAUUGUCUCUGCAGACCUAUGUGGUGUGUAAACUGUAUGGGGAGGUGGUUUGCUUCCAGGCAAGAAAAAGAACCUUCAACAUGGCUUUCAUCCAAGUGCUCUUGUCCUCUAUGUCGGUCACGUUUCUGUAUACUUGAUGUGUCUGCUGUUGUGCGAAGGUGAGUCCUCACUCAGCCACUUCUUUUAUGAAGCUAAACAUGUGAUGUGAUGAAUCAAAAUUGGUCUUCAUCAUUGAUUUUUUUACUAUUUUUUUAACUCUGCUAUUUAAUGUAGGUGUAUUGUCUCUUUCAAAACCAGCAAGUACAAUUUGUGGCUUUGUAUUUUUAGAAUACAUAAUUUAUGUGUGUCUCUCUGUGUGUAGAAAUUUUUUAAAAUUACCUAUUUGUGUCCUUUUUAUUCAAUUUUUCUCAAGCGUACUUCUUUAAUGCUCUUAACCAAUAGUUGUUAUUUUACUUCUCUACUGUAAGAAUUGAAAUCAUAAGGUGUUGAAGUCUGAUGUAGAACAUAUCUCACUCUUAUGCUUUUGAAAAUAUGUUGACAUCAAAUGCCUUGUUGAUUAUUUCCACAGUAAAUUUUGUACAAAGUAAUGUCAUGGUCUUAUCAACUUCGUGUUUCUGGUGUGCAUUAUUGAGCUAGAUAUAAUUAUCAAAUGGAUUUUGUUGUUGUUUUUUUUUUUACAGUUCUAAUGAUAAUAUUGUUGUGGUUCUGUAGAAUGCACUUGAUAUAUUGUGAUGGAACUUGUGAUUUUGUUGGGGUAGGUUAAGUCCUAGAGUAUAAAUGUCAUUGUUAUGAAGUAGUUUCCCUUUCCUCAGUUUUACUGUAGUUAACGUGGCCAUUGCUCCUCCCAUCUUUUGGACUGAUAUGCAAGCAAUCAGUAUUUUCAUCUUAUUGUUCUAUGAUUUAUUGUGCGUUCACUCUGGAGUGAGCUACACCAUUCACAAUUCAGCCUCUAGUCUAAUGGUCAUAAAAGGGAUUAUUUUUGCCAUUUAUUAUUUAAACAAAUGUAAGAAGAAAGACGCACAAAAUGUUUUGUCAGUGUAAGAGUGAGCAAUGGAUGCAUUGGUCUAACAUGUUGAGGGUACUGUAAUAAAAUUUUCUCAUGCCCAUUA